AUGUAUCUUGCACUCCUCACUGGAGUGACCCUGCUCUGUCUGGGCACCCCCUGCUUGGCACAACUUCAGACUUUCCCCCCAGGUGUUUCUAGGACAGAAUGUCGGGAGCGAUAUUUCUGGAUUUGGUUGGACCAAACCUUCAUCGGGUCUAGUAUCUGGCAGCUGGAGGUGCUGAAUAAUACCAGAUUUUUGGACGUGAUGCAUGGAAACCGGUCGGCACAAUGCGGCUACACAAUUACCAAAGACGUGUAUGGCAACGUGGAAGUCAGGAUAUCCUUUCUUGGCUGCUGGGUGGAGAAUAAAAAUGACAGGCAGUUUGAUGUAAAGGUGCAGUUCAGGGUGAACCAAACCAAAAUAUAUCCAGUGUCCAUGUCCUGUAUGCCUUCUCAACCCUGGGAUGUGAGGGAGGUUGUUUGCGAGGAAAACUACAUGGAGGUGUCAGUUACUAGGAUUAUACCAGCUGUGAUAUUAAACCUCCUUUCUCUAACUGAACCUGUGAUGGGAAUCCCUCAAAGGUGGAAAGUUUGGUUCAACAGCUCUAAUGUACCUAUUACAGCUGACAGUGCCAUCAACAGAGGCUUUGGGGUCAAUGCCACAAUGACCAGGGUGGUCUUCAGAGCCCCGUACAACACCUCAGAAACUCGGGUUUUGGCGAUCGGUAACUUUUCCCUUGAUGUCAUUGCGAGUACUAUGUUGUAUACUCAAACACUUCUGCGGAUCAUCGUGGACACAACAAUUGCAUGUCCAAAAGAUCCUCCAGUAUUUAUGGACACUGCAGUCUCCUGGCUGUCUCCAGCAGUACUUAGCCCUCUAAUCGGUGGAGAAGUCAUCAAUAACUUGUUUGCUGUAGGAAUCAAUGGAUACCUCUUAAACUCAACUGAAGUUAUGACCCACAAAUACAUAUUAAGUUAUGAUGCGCAAAAAGUGAACGUUACCAUUCCAUAUGGUGCUUCUGGGGGCUAUAUUGAGAGCGAUAUUGUUAAUAACACCUAUGUGACCACAUACAGUAUUCACCUCCUCCUUAUGCGCCAAUGGGUGGGUAUUGAGAAUGAUGACUCUACCACACAUACGUCUUACAAACCAAUUGUUGCACCAGCGGUUGUACACAAUCCAGUCUUUCUAGACCAUACUAUUAAAGAAAAUCUCUACUUCAAUGUGUCCCUGGGCAACUUCUACGCUGAUAUGGACAUACAGUCCUUCAUCAUCCACGGUGCACCUCUUAAUCUUGCUGAAUUGGGGCCGAGACAGAUGACAGUUAUGACUGCCACAGUGUCCAACAACACUCAUGCCUUCUACCUUACUGUGCCCUUCUCGGACCCUCUUGUGGAACAGACGUAUGUUGGCGGCUAUAAAAGACAGUAUAGACUGUACGUGACAUAUAUACUAAUCCUUGUGCCCAAAAAUAAGAACUUAACACGCACUUAUGUGGUGGACUGCAUAAUCCAGGAUGCUGUGCCACCAAUAAUCAAUGGUUUCUGUGAGAAGGAUCGGCUGGUCAUUAAUGUAAUUAGAGGAAAUAUGGACUACGACUGGCUUCCAUACAUUCAGGACCUCCCUCUGAAUGAUGCCCUUAUCGCUUCCCAGAAUAUCACUGUCCAGAAUUCAGUGACUCUCCUACGCAUUGAGGUGCCAUCUACUGCUGUUGGCUUGAUCUAUGAGGAAGUCAAUUUGGAAAACUCAGCUGUUCGUCUAGACUUCACAUUACGAAACCCCCGAACCAUACAAAUACAGGGCUCUUAUAAACUAUAUUGCCAGUUCCCUACAAGGCCUCUACUCUGCCUCUCCAAUGGUACAAUGAUUGCACUCAUUGACAGCACAGUCACCAAACCUGCAUUUGAUGCCCAGAAAGCCCACUUAAGGGAUCCUACCUGCACUCCUCAGAGCGCUACUUCUAAGAAGGCCCUCUUUAACUUUGUGGCCUAUACAUGUGGGACCACAAGUCGGUUUGACAAUGACUACCUGGUGUAUGAAAACGAAGUGACGUUUGAUCGAUCAGUCCUGUUACCACAGCAACCAAUCAUUUCCAGAGAUUCUUCAUACAGAUUGACUGUGCGCUGUAGAUACCCAGUAAGAGACACCUUGUGGUUGAGUGGUCAAUACAGAACAGAGGGCAUCAAGUCAGGACUUCAGCAGUCUCAGGCAAGAGUGUUACGGAGGAGAGCCAGAACUCAUGUAGCUGAGCUGAAACUGGCCAAGGAUGGAAAUCUUACCGCCUUUUAUCAGAAUGGAGACUUCCCUGUCUCAGUGCAGUCCAACGAUGUCCUUUACUUCCAAGCAGAUGUGCAAAGUCCAGAGCCUAUGGCUGCAAUCAAAGACUGUUGGGCUACAACAUUUCCUGUCCAAGAUGGAAUCAAAUGGUGGGAUCUUAUUGUGGAUGGAUGUGGUGCAGUAGCAGAAGCCUUCUCCACAGAGGUCCAGACCUCCCCAGACUUGUUGCCCAGAUUCAAGGUGAAGAUUCAUGAAGCCCCAUCUAGUCAGUUCUUCAUCCACUGUAAGGUUAUAAUCUGUGAUGGCUCCAUACAGCCUGAGAGCUGCCCCACAACCUGCAACCAGACUGAGCGCCUCAUGGAUAAAAGAGCUGUCCCUCUGCCAACUGAGCUGGUAUCUGUUGGUCCUCUCCAGAUCCUGACACGUUCCAGUGGUGUGGUUUAUCAGCAUGUUGGUGGAGAGACUUCCCAGUCUACAUGGCCCUGGGUGCUGCCACUUGGCCUCGCUGUUAUAUUUGCUUUUACUGUUGGUGCAAUCUUCCUUACAAUUCGCCUAUUUACACAGUAA